AUGGUUGUUUCUCUAAAACUAGGAAUAAUGAUCAUUGUUGUAGCACAAACCCUUUUGAUUUUCAUGGAUGAAUCUAGUGGUGUUAAUUCAUACCCUUGUGAUUCACAUGAUGCCAAGAUUGUUGAUGAGACUAAUAUUAUGAAAGUUAAUCUCUCAGUGUACUAUGGAAGCCUUUGCCAGCCAUGUUCAACUUUCAUUAUUAAGAAUCUCCAGGAAAUAUUCUACAAUGGUCUUAUCAACAUUAUCAAUCUCCAACUAGUUCCUUGGGCCAAUGCUUAUAUCAACAAUGACACUAAUAAUUCCAUAAUUUGCCAGAAUGGCCCGGAUGAAUGUGAGCUUAAUUCGGUGGAAAGCUGUGCCAUCAACAUUUUGAAUGAUGUGAACAAAUACUAUGCUUUGAUUGAGUGCUUGGAGCUUCUAGCAAUUGAAAAAAGGCAAAAGAAUUGGGAGGAAUGCUUCAACACAUUAGGUUUGCCUAAUGCUCCUAUUGUCAAAUGCCAUAACACAGGAAAUGGAACCGAGCUUGGACGAAAACAUAUUAAUGAAACUGCACUUCUUCAUUCACCUCACACAUUGUUGCCAGUGGUGGUGGUAAACAAUAAUUCAAUUGGAAAGGAAUAUGAAAAUUUCACAAGCUACGUUUGUAAUUCUUAUAGAGGCUCUUCCAUGCCAGAAGCAUGCAAACUUCAUUAGAAAUGAAAUAAAAGGCUAUACACUAUGCUAUGACUAUAUGAGCCAAUCAACCAUGGCCAAGCUCUCAACAGAGAUGUGUAGUAGAUGCAGAAAAGCCUUAUAAUAUUAUUUUAUUUUUCUAUAGUUCAUCCUACUAGUACUAGGCAGUGAAAUGUCAC